AGGUCACAGUGAGAAGGCACUGCCUAGGAACCAGAGAGUGCAUCGUCACCAGACACAAAUCUGCCAGCACCUUGAUCUUGGACCUCCUCGCCUCCAUAAGUGUGAUAAGUAAAUUUCUGUUAUUUAAACAGUCAAGUAAAAUCAAGCUGGGUAAUCAUGGCAGAAGGCGGAUUCGAUCCCUGUGAAUGCAUUUGCUCUCAUGAACAUGCGAUGAGAAGGCUGAUCAAUCUGCUACGGCAGUCGCAGGCCUACUGCACAGACACGGAGUGUCUCCAGGAACUACCAGGACCCUCUGGUGAUAAUGACAUUAGUGUUACUAUGAUCUUGAUGGCUUGGAUGGUUGUUGCAGUGAUCUUGUUCUUACUGAGACCUCCGAAUCUAAGAGGAUCCAGUCUACCUGGAAAGCCAACCAGUCCACAUAAUGGACAAGAUCCACCAGCUCCUCCCGUGGACUAACUGUAUGAUCUGGGAAGUGAAAAUAGUUACCACCUUGCACGACCAAAUGAACGAAGAUGACCAGAGUACUCUUAACCCCUUUAAAACUGUUUUUCCUUUUGCAUCUGCAAUAUAGGAUGGUAUUGUUUUCAUGAGCUUCUAGAAGUUUCACUUGCAAGCUUAUUUUUGCUUCCUGCGUUAUCACUAUUCCUAUUUACAGUAUAUUUGAGUAAAUGAUUAUAUUUUAAAAAGUUACAUGGGGCUUUUUUGGUUGUCCUAAACUUAAACAUUCCACUCAUUUUGUUUGUAACUGUGAUCAUAAUUUUUGUGAUGAUUUGUGGACUGAUUGAAGGAAAUUUGAGAGCUCUGCACUUAAAUAUUUUGAACAGUUUUGAUAGGUUUUUAAAUUGCUUUUUCAUAAGGUAUUUAUAAAGUUGUUUGGGGUUGUCUGGGCUUGUAUGAAAGAAAAUUAGAACCACACUGUAUUUUCAUUUACCUUGAUAGUUUAUUUCUAAGUGGCAGUUUUCUGUAGUUCUUGGGAUUGUGGCAGCUCUUAGAAUAUUUUAUAAAUUACAGCUGAAAUCUGUAUCAUCCAUUACAGCUGGCUAUGUGGCUAGAAUAGAAGGAGAGAAGAAAUGAUAUGGUUGUUUACUAAUUUUUUUAUACCCACUAAAAAUGUCUAGCGUUAAAAAAACUUUAAAUAAACAUAAUUGAUAAAUAUGG